AUGGUAAAACCGCUAACAUUCAAAGGGGACAGGCCCAAAAAGCGCAAACACCGCGACCUCGACACCGGCACCAGCACAAAAACAAAGAUCCUCAAACAAUCCGCGCCAACAGCAGACGCAGCCGAGAAAGAAAUCGACGAACCCCCCGAAGACCAAACAUGGGUAUCAGCCGACGCGCCCUCUGACAUCGCAGGACCGAUCAUCUUCGUGCUCGCAUCAGAGAAACCGACCUGCAUCGCAUGCGACGCGAACGGGAAGGUCUUCGCUAGUCCGCUUGAGAAUCUCAUCGAGGGGGAUCCGGCCACGGCGGAACCGCAUGAUGUUCGGCAGGUGUGGAUUGCGACGAGGGUUGCGGGGAGCGAGGGGAUUAGUUUUAAGGGGCAUCAUGGAAGAUAUCUCAGCUGCGACAAUUACGGCAUCCUCUCCGCAACAGCAUCAGCAAUAUCACACUUUGAAUCUUUCCUUGUCAUCCCCUCCCCAGACAUCCCUGGUACAUUCUCCCUACAGAUCUGCGGCGGGGAAAAGGACAACUUCCUCUGCGUGCGGGAGAAAGAGUCCCCAUCGUCCAAAACCUCGUCGGGCACGGGUUCAGUUGAAAUCCGAGGCGAUGCAACCAGUCUAUCGUUCGAGACGACUCUACGAAUCCGCAUGCAGGCGCGGUUUAAGCCGCGCAUUAAGAUCUCCAAGGAGAUCAAGGCUAGGGAAAAGAUUAGCCGAAAGGAGCUUGAGGAGGCUGUGGGGAGGCGGCUGGAGGAUCAUGAGGUCAGGAGGUUGAAGAAGGCGAGGAGGGAGGGCAAUUAUCAUGAGGAGUUGUUGGAUGUUAGGGUUCGAGGGAAGCAUGAUAAGUUUGCUUGCCAGCCAUUAAAGGAGGAUAGACCAGCCGUUCGGGCAAUUGGCGGUUGA